UCUUCCCGGAGCCCCUCCCGCCCGGCGGGUGCAUCUGAUUACCUGCUGGAAAUACUUUGAAGUAUCAACAAUGAACUCGAUGUUAACAUUAUUUUUUUCUGGAAUAGUUGCCUGUUGUGCUCACUCUGCUGGUGAUUCGGUAUCCAGGUUACUCCUCGUGUCCUUUGAUGGCUUCAGGGCUGAUUACUUGGAAACCUAUAAACUUCCUCAUCUUCAGGAGUUCAUUAAGGACGGUGUGCUCGUAAAACAAGUUACGAAUGCUUUUAUCACCAAGACUUUCCCAAACCAUUAUACCAUAGUGACAGGUUUAUAUGAAGAAAGCCAUGGCAUCGUGGCUAAUGACAUGUACGAUGCAGACACCAAGAAAAAGUUUUCACAGUUCAAUGAUUCAGAUCCCUUCUGGUGGAAUGAGGCAGUUCCAAUUUGGGUAACAAAUCAACAGCAGGGAAAUGGAGCAAGUGCUGCUGCUAUGUGGCCCGGUACCGAUGUAAAAAUUAACGAUACAACCCCUCAAUUCUUUAUGAAGUAUAACUUUUCAGUAACGUUUGAGGAGAGAGUGGAGAAAAUUGUUGCGUGGCUGAACAGCUCUAAUCCAGUAGUCAGUUUUGCUACGUUAUACUGGGAAGAACCAGAUGUAAGUGGGCACAAGUAUGGACCAAAUGACACUGAGAACAUGAGCAAAGUAUUAGAAGAAGUGGAUAAUCAUAUUGGUUUCCUUACUAAUAAACUGAAGGCAUUAGGUUUGUGGGACACUAUUAAUAUCAUAAUAACAAGUGAUCAUGGAAUGGCCUCCUGUUCUGCAAAGAAGCUGAUUAUCCUGGAUAAGUGCAUUGGUCGCAAUAACUAUACUCUGAUAGACAAGAGUCCAGUUGCUGCAGUGCUGCCAAGGCAGAACAAAAGAGACGUGUAUAACUUACUGAAAAAAUGCAGCAGUCACAUGAAAGUGUAUCUCAAAGAAGAAAUUCCAGACAGAUUUCAUUAUCGUCAUAAUAAGAGAAUUCAACCCAUCAUUCUGGUUGCAGACGAAGGCUGGACAAUUGUACAAAAUGAGUCACUUUCAAAAUUAGGUGACCAUGGCUAUGACAAUGCUCUCCCGAGCAUGCAUCCGUUCCUGGCUGCUCGCGGGCCUGCUUUUCAUCGGGGUUACAAGCAGAGCACGAUCAACAACGUUGAUAUUUACCCUAUGAUGUGCCACAUCCUGGGACUGACACCACGGCCACACAAUGGCACUUUCAGUAACACCAAGUGCUUGCUCGCUGACCAGUGGUGCAUAAAUCUUCCAGAAGCUAUUGGGAUAGUUAUUGGGGCUUUUAUGAUACUGACUACUUUCACCUGCAUUAUAAUAAUCUCAAAGAAUAGAGUAGCUCCCCCACGGCCAUUUUCCCGACUUCAGUUACAAUAUGAUGAUGACGAUCCUUUAAUUGGGUAGCAUGUAGGGAGCCUUGCCUUGCUUGCUAAACGGUGAUUUCAGGAAAAGAGUUUGAACUUGCACUGGAUGGCAUUCUUUGAUGCACUUUAACGGUUUCUGUGUAAAAUACUGUACAGUUAGAUCUUGCUAACUUGUUUGUUUGUGCUACCUGACUAGUAGUCCUGUAAAAAUAUUUUCAGAACAAAAUGGUGAACAGGUGGCUUUCCGCUGGAAGAGGUGUUUAACAUCGUAAGAAUGCUUAGUUUUUAUUCAAGCCUUUGAACACUUUCAAAAUGAAAUUCCAAAGUAUGAACUAGCCAGGAUAGAAUAAGUGAAUUUUAACAUUUGUAAAUGAUAAUUGGGUUUUUUUGUAUUAAAUUUAAAUUAAUGUUGACUUCUUUUAGUGUUCUUAUACCUGUAUUGGAACGAAGAUGUUUUUUAUGAGAGUUAGAAGUUAGUUAUAUUUGGACAGUAUGUUCUGAUUGUUCUUUAAUUUGGGGAUAGAGGGUGUAGAGAAGAUCCAAUAUUUCUGUUUCCACCCUAAGCGAGCAAUAUGACAAGAAACUGAUGAGAGGGAAGUCAGUGAGGAAAGAACUGGUGCAUAUCACUAUUUUGAGCAAUAAAGUAUGUGGUCCAACAGUUACAACACUGGGCAGAUGGCUCUGACGUUUCUAGACGCGUGUCUGUGGAUGAGUUAGUUCCACAAUGCCUGCAUUUGAGUUGGGAUGGUACUACUUGCUUAUCUCAAGGAUGUCAAUUUAAUCUGAGAAUGCUUGGAUUACCCAGUUUUGUAGGCUGUAGUAAUAAAAUUACUGCUUCUAAACCCUGUGAAAAGUUUUUCAGGUGUAAACUCUGCUGCAAGUGUUUUUGUAAUAAAGGUGGUUCUGCCCUGUGUACCAGCUGAUAAUUAUCUUUUGAAGGCUGUCAUGUGCUAAAAAGCAGCAAUUGAAAGUUUGACAUGCAAUCAUCAAGCAAAGAUUCCAAACUCUUAUUUUAAACCCUGGAAAUUUAAAGGGAAAAGUUAAUUUCUUUUUUGAGAUAAGAUCUGUUCUCUCUAGUGUCUGAGUUGUAUAGAUGCAAAGUUCUGGUGAAGACCAGUGCUAAUGGUUCUCUUAACUGAAACUCUUGAUUCCUUGUUCUUGUUCCAAGUCUAGUAACUUGCCAUAAAAAAAAUUAAUUUGAUUUAGAAAGCCUUAGUGGUACCUUGUCUUUCAGUGAGGAAAGAAUGUGAGGUUAAAUUGUUAAGGCUAACCAAAAAAGAGAACUACAGUUACUUAGUAAGUCCUUUUUCCUACAAGUUUGAUGCUUUUAAGAACUCGCAAUUUGAAUUGAGAGCGCCAGGGUACCUGGUGGCAUGCACCGUGGUUUCUUGUUCACAAGCUCAAAUUCAAUGCAAUUUGGUAUUAGCCACAGGCUACCUUUUAGUGAUCCAACUGGGAGGAAGCACGGACUUUGGGUGGAAGGGUUACUUUUAACUGCCCACUGAAAAAAAUACAUUUGAGUUUUAAAAAGGAUCUGUGGAAGUUUUACUGAUUUGUAUCCUCUUCUUCAAGGAUUCUGUUGUACUGAUUAAAAACACAAUACAAAAACUAA